CUCGAGGCCGCGCACUGCGGAUGCGCAGACGGCGCCCGCCUUUUACGACGGGCCGGAAAGUAGCGGCCGCAGCCUGCCACCGCCGGGCUGAGCAGGGCCACUAUGGGGAAAAUAGCGCUGCAGCUCAAAGCCACGCUGGAGAACGUCACCAGCCUCCGGCCUGUGGGCGAGGACUUCCGGUGGUACCUGAAGAUGAAAUGUGGGAACUGUGGUGAGAUCUCAGAGAAGUGGCAAUACAUCCGGUUGAUGGACAGUGUGGCACUUAAAGGAGGACGUGGCAGUGCCUCCAUGGUCCAGAAGUGCAAGCUAUGCUCUCGGGAAAACUCCAUUGAGAUUUUGAGCAGCACCAUCAAAUCUUACAAUGCUGAAGACAGUGAGAAGUUCAAGACAAUAGUUGAGUUUGAGUGCCGGGGUCUCGAACCAGUUGAUUUCCAGCCUCAGGCUGGGUUUGCUGCCGAGGGUGUGGAGUCGGGGACAAUCUUCAGUGACAUUAAUCUGCAGGAGAAGGAUUGGACCGACUAUGAUGAAAAGGCUCAGGAGUCGGUGGGAAUCUACGAGGUCACACACCAGUUUGUAAAGUGCUGAGCCCUCUCUCUGCACCCUUGCCCGUAAGAACUGAGAAUGGAGAAAGUGCCCCAAGCAACAGAGAUGCUGAGACUGGUCCCCCAUCCUGCAUCUCCUGGCAGCUGUCCCAAGCCCUCAGAGUCUUGCGUGGUGGGCUCUGUCACAGCGUCCCAGGCCCCGGACAAAGCCCCUGUUCAUGCUGCACUAGUGCAGGCGGGGGAGUCGGGCAGCAGCAACCCCCGCCACAAGUAAGAAUGCACAGGAGGUCCCUGACUGCUUCCUGGCACCUUCCGACAGUUCAAAACCCUGCACCUGAUCCAUCCUGUAAAAUACCUAGGAACACAUCACUUCUAAGGGCGCUCCAGCUCUGGAGGGGCAACAGGUUAACCCAGAGACCAAAGAUGUUGAGGCCAUCGGCACAGAGGGCAGCUGGGCCUGUGGAAUGAUGUUGUGAGGCCAGUAGUUCUGAGCCGAGACUCUGCAUUGGCCCUGGAAUCCAUUAUUUGGUUUCCCUUCAUAUUCUAGGGCUAGGAGAGGUCAGCAGCACAGUCCUGUCAUGAAUCUGCUCUACAAAAUUCCUGCCAGGUGGUCAUCUGGUCUCUGCUUACUUGCUGAGACAGGGCACUCCCUGCCAUCAGGAGCCCAUGUGAAAGCUCCUCCUGAGGCCGAGUCAGCCGCUAUGCUCCCUUUAGCUCCUCUUGCUGGUCCUCAUUUGUCCUGUGGCCACCCCUAGGGAUAAUUUAUGACCGGUGGUGUUGCAGAUCAGUAGAGAAAUUACUAACUGCUCAGUAAUGGUGCUGGAGCAAUUGUUUAAUUUUAUGGAAUAAAAUAAGAUUGUAUCCCUCCUUCA